UUUAUAAAGCAGCAUAUGACUUCCAGUGCAGGGCAGUGGUGGACAGAGACGAGUGCAGGCGGAGCAGAGCUCUGCUGCAGGAGACAUGAGACCUUAGAGGGGCCUUUGGGGGCAGCUCAGCAGGACUCUUCCUCACUGCCAGGCGUGAGGAGCCAUGAACUGGGCCGGCCUCUACGCGGUGCUGAGCGGGGUGAACCGCCACUCCACCGCCAUCGGGCGCAUCUGGCUCUCCGUCAUCUUCAUCUUCAGGAUCAUGGUGCUGGUGGUGGCAGCCGAGAGCGUCUGGGGGGAUGAGAAGUCCGCCUUCACCUGCAACACGCAGCAGCCGGGCUGCAACAGCGUCUGCUACGACCACUUCUUCCCCAUCUCGCACAUCCGCCUGUGGGCCCUGCAGCUCAUCCUGGUCACCACGCCGGCCCUGCUCGUGGCCAUGCACGUGGCCUACCAGCAGCAUCAGGAGAAGAAGCUGCUGAUGAUGACGGGCCACGGGGACGCCAAGCACCUGGAGGAGGUGAAGAAGCACAAGAUGCGCAUCGCGGGGUCGCUGUGGUGGACGUACGUCUGCAGCGUGGUCUUCAGGCUGCUUUUCGAGGCCGUCUUCAUGUACCUCUUCUACAUGAUUUACCCCGGCUACCAGAUGGUGCGGCUGGUCAAGUGCGAGGCUUAUCCCUGCCCCAACACCGUGGAUUGCUUCGUCUCGCGGCCCACCGAGAAGACCAUCUUCACCGUCUUCAUGCUGGUCACCUCCAGCAUCUGCAUUGUGCUCAACAUGGCCGAGUUGGUCUACCUGGUGGUGCGGGCCUGUGCGCGCCGCAGCCGUCACAACUCCAACCCUUCCUCGGGGAAAAGCUCCUUCUACGGCCACAAGCUUUCCUCUGAGUACAAGCAGAACGAGAUCAACCAGCUGCUGACCGAGCAGGACGGAUCCCUCAAGGACAUGCUGCGCCGCAACCCCAGCCUGCAGGAGAAGGGCGACCGCUGCUCUGCGUGUUGAGCCCCACACAGCCCUGGGGAAGGCACACGCUGCUCUCAUUUCGUGUGUUGCAUGCCCAGUGCCAGCCCUCCUGGACAGCGGGGAUGGGGAGGGCAGGGCUGCUGCUGCGUGCUCAGGCCAUUAAAUGUCCAUUCUCA